UCCAACUCUGUGCUCCAUCCAAUAAAAUCUCCAUUUCUCACCAACAGCACCACGACCACUUCUGAACAAAAACACUGCAAAUUCCAUCAUUUGAACAGUUUUCCGCGGCUCUAUCUAAAGUGUAGUUCGUUUAGAGAAGAAAAAAGAAAGAAUUCGUUAUUAUAUUGCUCAAUAUAUCAAAUCCAUUCCAGUGCGUUUUUUAAUGCAAAAAGGGUGGUCUGGUGAAAUCCCCUUUUGCUCCCAUCUCCACAACUUUUGUGUGUGUGAAAAACAUAAAUCAUUGAUCUUCCAUCAAAACAUUACCAAAAUAAUAAAUUCCUUAUUUUAAGACCUUGCCAUUGAAUAAGUUAUUUGUUCACUAUAGUUUUACAAGGUUAAAUAAAGACGAAAAAAGAAAACCUGUUUUUUUUUAUAAAAAUUCCAGAAUUGGCCCUGUUUUUACUUUCACUCUCUUUGCUCUCUCCCCCUCCCACUCGAUUACACAACAAAAUAAGAAGACUUUUUUUUUCCUAUAAACUUCAUAAAAAUUAUGCUUCACUCGUCUCUCAUUCAAAUUUGAUUAUAAUAUAAACUUUCUAUUUUGAUACUUUUUUUCUUUUGUGGAACGAAAAAAAAGUAAGAACAAAGAUUCCCUCGCUGUAUUCCCCUCUCCCACAUCUGUGUGGAAGAGCAAAUCAAAAUAAAUGUCAUCCACAUCAGAAAAAGCCCAAGUGGAAGUUACAACAACAACAACAACAAAUCCAACAACUCCACCACAAUCAGCUGAAACUUCAGCAGCCGCUGCUGUGGCAGCAUCAACAAGCUUAGCACAAGCUGUUGAUAAAAUGAUGAUUCUGGACAUGAACGCUCGGCUCCAAGAGGAGCCAUCUAGUAGCGUCAAGUCCAAGGCUCCCGUGACUCUCAUUGUCCAUGAGAAUAAUGGCAAAAUAAAUACCAGCCUUACAACAGACAGUGACAGUGGUUGUGAGCGCGACGAACAUGACACUCUGACCAAUUCCAAGAGCAGACGACCUACCAAUUCGGUGUGUCUUCGUGUACACGGUUUCAUCUCAGACCAUUGGUACCUUAGCUAUUUGGUACCGCUAGCUAUAGUUUGUGCACUUGUUAUAGUUGCUUAUUUGAUGAGAGAUUAUGCCCGCGAAUUACUCUAUUGGGUAGAGACACAGAAUCCUUGGGUGGUUUUUGGUAUAUUUAUGUGUUUGUUUGUGUUGGUGAGCUUCCCAAUUGUUGUGGGUUACUUUGUGCUGAUGAUUAGCAGUGGAUAUUUGUUUGGGUUCAUCAAAGGUCUGUUGACUGUGAUAUUGGGUGCCAAUAUUGGGAUUACUAUAGCCCAUUUGACGCUGAGGAGUUUACGACAUCGGCUGCCAGUUCAUAAAUUAAUUAAAAACGAAACUGGUCGUGCCAUACUUCGGGUCAUAUCUGGACCAAGAGCAUUUAGAGUAGUUUUAUUCACACGACUAACGCCCAUACCAUUUGGAUUACAAAAUGCAAUUUUUGGGAUCAGCACAGUUAACUCGCGUGUAUAUCAUACGGCAACAUUUUUAGGUCUAUUGCCUGCUCAAACGAUAAAUGUCUACCUUGGAUCGACACUAAGAUCAAUGCAUGAAGUGCUUAAUAAUCAUGGAACAGCUGUAACAGGCUACAUAAGCUUUGGAAUCGAGGUUAUCUUUGGAGUUGGUUUAAUGAUUUGGGUAGUGCAAAAAGCCCGAAAAGAACUAGCUACAACCCUCCUAUCCGAAUACUCAGGUAGCGAAAGCAAGCUCAACGAUAUUCAAGUGUAAAGUACAUUAGUGUUAACCAAAUAUUAAGAUAUUAUUUAAGAGUUAUUAUUCUAAGUCAAAGCAUUUUUUUUUUUUAGGUUAAAUUGUUAUUUUUUAAUAAAAAAAAGGUAAAUAUACGAGUAUAUUUUUCGUUUAAGAAAAGUAUUAACAUAAAAAUGAGAAUAUACAUAGAAAUUAUGUAACAAAAAAAAAAAAAAACAAAAA